AUGGUAAGGCUUGGUUCCAGUCGCUGUGCCAUUGCCAAGCCUUUAAUUUUAUUCGAUUUCGGAUUCCAGAUGAUGAGCGAUGAAGAGAAGCGUCUUCAAGCAAAUUAUGUGACUGUUGCAACCCAGGUAAAUCCAUAUGAAAUCGAAGAAGCGAUAAAACUGAAUGUAGCUGGAGUGAGCGAGUGUGUUGUGAUCGCUGUGGACGAUGAAACCGAUGGACAACGACGAAAGGCGUUCAUCGUCGGACAGGCAGAUCCAAAUGAUGUUAUUGAAUUUGUCAGAGGUAUGAGAACGUACCAGUCAUCGCUUCGGAAUGCUUAA